AUGACACCACUCGGCAACCGAAGCGCCAACAGACAAAGUCGCAUACCUGUCGUUGGACUCGAGCCCAAGAUUCACCUCAAUAAUGAAAACAUACCACCAUCUUCCAACACUUCACGCCUUCUGGCCCCGACCAAGUCAUCAGCGGCACGUUCAAGAUCACCCUCUCCAUCACCAAUUCCACUUCCUGUUCUUCCAAGACCAACCUCAACAACUCCAGGUCGUGGUCGCCUUAGUGCAGUCACAUCGCAUGACAGCUUGAACGCAUCCUUUGCGCGACGCCAAUCUCUACAUCGUCCCUCAACAACUUCUCUAUUGGAUGACAGAAAGUCUGGUGUCCCUAGACCGCCAUCAAAGUCAACUGGCAGAUCAGAUCGUCCAAGCAGACCGAGCACUCCGGUCACCAAUACCGAAGACACACAAGACCAAUCUGCUGGAGCUGGCACUGGACCGGCAAACAAAUCUUCCCUCAAGACUCUUAGCAUCUUACAGAGAGAAGAAAGAACAGAUCUCUCUCCAAGGCGCCCAGUCACACGGCGUGGAAGCGCUACUCCAAACAGAACUCCGCUCACGAGAGGCAAAUCUUUCAGCAAGCUACCGCUCUCGUCCGUCCAUAACAGUCCUGCUAUUGUGUCUCCAGUACUCGAUUCGGUUUCUACCAGCUUCAAUUCCCCACAUUUCGUCUCACCAAUCCCGUCGCUCGAAACUUUCAGCGAAACAGCCAGCUUGACCCUCUCCAACGAUUUGAAUGAAUAUCGUCCACCAAGAACUUCAUCGCUAAAAACGCCCGAGCUAUGGAAUGAAGAUGUGGGUUUGGGCAUAGGUGUGUCCUCGCCAGGAAGUUCGUUGGCCGAGAACCAAGAACGCAAAUACCUGCCUGCUGUACACAGUUUUUCUCGACCGCGAGCCCAACAGAUGGACAGAUCACAAGUCAGUGUCAUGUCUCUAGCUAUUCCAGAGCAUCCUAUCGGUUCGGAACACGAGAAUCUUGUCGCUUCAACGACACCCAAGAUUGUGUGCAGAUCACCAAGCUUGAGUUCGAAGCCCGCAGUGGAGGAGAAAAUCCUGACGUUCGCCGGUCGAAGCUUGGGUAAUCCUACAGAUCUCGCUGCUCUAGACGGCAGUGCUCGAUCAUCGAAACGCAAAGAUUGUUUCAAUAAGCCCUCACCACUGACAGGUGUCAACUCAGCCCUGCAAGACCUACCUCCAAGAGUUCCAUCACCUUCAGAGCAGAACAAGCUGAGUCCUAUCAGGCUUCUGUUCGGUGAUAAAGGAUCCGCCUCUGAUGAUGUCUUCGAGUAUACGAGAGUGAAGCAACUCUCGGGAAGUUUACUGUCCAGCUCCUUCGUCGGAUCGACGUUGAGCAUCUCCGACGAAGCUGAUCACCUCCUCCUCGGAGACAAACCCGCUCGUAUGCCUUCAUCUAUCUCUCAAACAAGUCUGGCAGUCCCCGCAGAUGCGGAGUUCGAUCUGCCUUCUCCCAGUGAGAACGGUUUCCAUGUUUCUUGGCCUGCAGACUUUGGUUUUAACUCGACCGAUGGUCCAGACUCGCCGACCGUGCAGAGUUCACCUUCUGUCCGACCCAAAGCAUUCUCAGGGGUCUCGGAGGAGAGUGAAAGAUCGGUUGCCGAACAGGGAUACUACUACGUGCAAUCCGAGCCGAUGUCUGACCACGGUGAAACAGGCGUGACCAAAGAGAGUCGAGGAGGAGACAUCAAAACAACCCUAUCGAUUCUUGAGGGCACUCCCGACAAAGCAGAUGCUCCGUCGACUACCGUUUCAAAAUCUGUCCAGCGACGCUCUAGUGUGGCGAAACUGCCCAGGACCACUCCCAAGGAUGGCGCUCGGGAUACUGUAUACAACCGUAACGAUCGUCUUCCGUCAUACAUGCUGCCCACACCAGCUUCAGAGGCUCGUAAGACCUCCACACUAGCUCCUCCAGAAAUUCGACGCAGUAACGCAAGCACACCGAACUUGAAUGCUCGUCGCGAAUCUCAGACCACGAAAAUUCCAAACACACCCAGUCUCGACAAGAGCCGUCUUCCACCAUCUGGCAGGCGAACUCCAGCGUCAGAGCUGUGUGGUACGAUUCGAAGUGGUCGCUCAACGCCUACUUCUGCCAUUCCUCGUAGCACAACACCUAUAGCUCGUCCCAGCACGGGUAGUCAACAGACCAUUUCUACUCCAAAGUCUACGUCCAAGACCGAAGCUGGUUGCCGCGCUUCCAUAGGACAUAUCAAGAUUGUUCGUCAGACGCCGCAGCCCAUCGAGACAUCUCGUGAUGGUACUUUUCCACCAACUCGACCUAGAAGCGAAUCGAAGGGAAAAUCAGUCUUGAACAACCUCAAGGGGCUGUUCUCUGGUAAGCGAGAUGCUACGACAACGCCUAGUUCAAGUGGUAGGAGAUUCUCCAUCGGAAGCCGCAAGUCAGUAUCGGUCGAGGCUGAUGUUCCUGAUGUGCCCACUGUUCCCGAUAUGCCAACACUUCCUGCUAUGCCUGCUAUGCCUGCACUACCUGCUACGCCCGCCUUGCCUACUCUACCUACAGUGUCUGAUAUGCCUGGAUCCCGGAGGAAAUCCUCUGGCAUCUUACCGAGACCUAGAAGGAAAUCGACAGUCAAGGACAACCCAGCAAAGAAGGACGCGACUGAAGAGGAGAAACCUUCACUUCGUCGCAAAGCUUCGAAGCACAAGGUCGUUGCUACUGAGACGACUCAAGAGCCUGACUCGGGGAAGGAGACACGCGAUACAGUUGCGCUGAUGGAAAUGGGACUGACUCUUCGCCAAGAAGCCUCUAAGGAAGACGAUCUUGUUCGCAAGGAGCGUAUGGCAUCGUUUGCGCAAGUCAUGCUUGACACGGUUACCAACGCCGUGGAAGCUGAGCGCAACAUGUAUACUGCAAUGCAAGCAGCGGAACAAGCAAAAAUGUCGUACAUGAUGACCCAGCAAAGUGUUCAGGAGAUGAACAAACUGGUCUCGACAUCCCGGCGACUACCUCUGUUUAAGAAAAAGAAGCAAUCGAACGGCGAUGUUUAG